UUUUAUUUUUUCUAUGAUACCAACAUAAUCUAGUUUUUUUGCACUUUAAUUUGUUUAUCAUUAAAAGUUGCACAAUAUUGUGCGAAGAUGUCUUGCUUUGAACUGGAAUUUGCGUGCCUUAUACCCAAGUCGAAGCCUGAAGAAGAAAUAUCCGAAACACCGCUCGUCAGUUACAAAGGGACCGAGUACAAAAAAACCGUGCGGCUAAAUUUUCCCUCAUGGAAACCGAUAAAAUCGCGCCUGAGGAGAUUCUGGAAUUGGCUCGGGUUCGUGUGGUUCCACAGUCGAUCAAGGAAAUGUCGGAAGGUCACGUUCUUUUUUAUAUUGACGAUCUUAUUACUGUUUUUUAUGAUCGUCGGUGUUUUUGUACCUUUGAUUUUUAAGUGCUCCACUGCUUUUAGACAACGUGUUAUUUUCAGCCCUGUCGUCGCUACGCACGAAUCUUUUAAUGAAGUAAUAAAGCUUCAUAAGAGUUAUGAUUCGAAGACUUUCAUAAAACCAGAUAAUUUCUACGUGACGGUGGACAGUACACGAAAUUCCCGAGUGGGCGCUUGGAGUUUGACCGAAUAUGGCAAAGGAAAUUCCGGCAGUUACAACGGACGCACUAGCACAAAUAACUAUCUGCUAUUGUUCCACGACAGCUACGGAAAUAGACGUAGUUAUCUUACGGAUUACUCGCGACUGCUUCAUAUAUUCAACAUAAUCGUAUUCGAUUAUCGCGCGUAUGGAGACUCGGACGUGGAUGACUUAAACGAAAGCGGAUUGGUGCGCGACAGCGUCGAGGUUUUUAAGUGGUUGCGCGCGCACGUCAACGGAAGCGUCUUUUUGUGGGGUGACAAUUUGGGGUCCGCCAUAGCGGCACAUACCGCCGCGGUGCUAUCCAAUCAAAGCAUGCCUGCUUGCGGCGUGCUGCUCGAGAACCCAUUUACGACGAUGGGCGAACAGUUGGCGUACUCCUGGUUUAUAGCUCAGAUUAAUUGGUAUAUGCCUUGGUAUAAAUCUAUGUUCGUGAGCCCCUUGGAAGAAAGCGACCUUGUCUUCAACACAAGUAAAUAUUUAAACGAAAUCACCUUCCCUGUUAGCUUUUUGGAGUGGACCGUGCAUCGGGCGAGAGACUUCAAUAUAAACAUUAGUUACUACAAAGAGAAUAAUUAUAAUUCAUUUGACCCGCCGACAGUUGUUAGUUACAUAGAGAGAUAUUAUUACUAUAAAACGGACUACUACAUCAAUUCCGAAUUGGAGAAUUUCUUAUGGUCUUUUAUCGAUACGGGGAGAAAGUACUGUGAUACCAAACACUAAGUAUAGUGAAUUUAUUCUAUUUUUAUAAGUGAAUGCAUUUAGAGGUAAUUGAAGAAAAAUAGGCGACCUCUAUAGGAAGUUAUUGUAAACAUAAAGGAAGCUUCCAAACAACAAUCGAAAGGUUGCAAAAAAUGUUGGGAUGCUGAGCCCACACCGUCUUGUGCGGUUUUUCGAUUUUUAAACAAUUGUGACAUUUAAAAAAUUAGGUUGUGCAAUUUUGUUCCUGGGUUUGUUUGUAGGGUUUCUUGUAGCUGCCACUUUGAACAGUGACCGCCAUGCUUCAAGAAGACCAACGAACAAACGUAUACUGUUUGUCAAUAUGGUUUGGUGAAGGUUAAACUAUUGUAAAUAUAUUAUGCUGUUGUAAGUUAAAGCUAUUAGAAUAAACAUUUUAUUAAUUUUA